UAAAAAAUAGUACCUAGUAAGUAUUCGUAGGAAGCAUACAGUCGAGUUCCCGAAGCAGAUUAAUAUGCACAUUUGUUUGAUUUGAGUCAGUCCGGCGCGAACGAUUAAUCUAUUAGCAGCUCAACUCGAUCACUAGCUGAUAAUGAAAAGUUCAACUACGCAAAUCGUGUUUGUGGUUUUGGUUUUCGGAGUUUUGGUCAUUUAUGGCCAAGCUGAUUCUCCGUCCAAUGGAACCGCCUUCGAAGAAGUGAUUGUCGAGACAUCGCUCUACGUAAGCAGGCCAAGCACGGUGCUUCGACGUCAGCAGCUGAGAGCACAGGAGAAAGGUGACUCUCGAGUGAAGCGCGAUAUCAGCCAUUCGACGGACCACGCGAAUUCAAACCUGAAAUCAAAUGCCCUGAAUCCCGCUGCCGGUCAUCAAAAGCAGUCCAAAGACAACUUUAUUCAAUCGUUUUUCGACAAAGGCUUCAAUAAUGGCGCUUCGAAAGCAGAGCAACGUGCUUUCUACAAACAAAAACCGGUAUUAGCGGCGACGAAACCGGCCGGUAAUCAUCUUGUUUGAGCCUAAAACGCCUUGUGGUGUGGACGUGUCACGAAAUGCAAAUUAUCCUUCAAACACCGACCGGGAGGCGCAACCUGAUGGGAACGGCGACAGACCGUUUUAAGUUUUUUUACAUAUUGUUGUUGUUCUUACUUAGUUUUAUAACUAACCAUGUAGACUUUGGUUUUAUGACUCGAAUGAGUUCUACGUUAAUAAAAACACCCAAUUGACUUAGUAAGCCGACGAAA